GUGGAGUGCUGCUUACAAUUUACAUUACUUCCCAAGUUUGUGGAAGUUCAUCAGAAGAAUGAAAGCUUCUUAGCGCCAUGGCGGCAAUGGCAGAGGCGAAAGCAAAAGCAAGGACGGACGAGGAUGGAAUCGCUGAUGUCCUGGGAGAAAGUCGUGGAGCCCGAACAGCUGUUUCCAAACCGAUACCAAAGAAUUUAACACUCGCAGCGCCAGAGGAAUGUGUGGAACGGAAAUGUGAGCAAGAACAUGGCAUGGAAUUUGCAAAACGUUCUCAGGUCACGUAUGGUGGAAGCAGCGUUUCCAAUGGGGCACAUUCAGAUGCGAACGACAACAUCAAACGAGUAAGCCGUGAUGGAGAGCUCAUUGAAUUAACUGUCGGUGGAGAUAAUGAAAAUGAUGACAAUAAUGAUGAAAGUGCCAAUGGCGAUAAGCCCGGCGGGGGCGGCUAUGGAAAACAUGGGGGCGAACGCUGCGAAGGUGUAGUUUGCAACAGCAAUGACAAUAGCAGAAGCUACGAUGGCAGGAAUGGUGACACGGCUGCUGCCGUUGCUGCCGAGAAAGGUGAAAUGGCUCAGUGCGCACUGCACAGCAUUUUCUCUACAGCAACAACGUCCAAACAACCAUGGACAUGGACGACAGAAAAGACGAAAAGCUCUUGUUUCAUGAUUUCAUGCAAAACAUGCGCAAAACGAAUUUUCCACUGUUCGCCAUCACCGCCAUCGUCAUCGUCAUUGUGCGUUCACGGUCGUCGCCGUGGUCGAAGGAAUUCAACUUCAACAUCAUCGAUCCGAAAAGAAGACGCUGUAUCGGAGGCAACUCAGGCCACCGUUGAGCAGGAAUCCGCUGCUGAAGGCCAGGAUUCCAGGGAACCCGUUCAAUCGAAGUCUGAACAGGUGAACUCCCAUUUUCCCAAAAUUUUCGUUCCUCUCGGUGAUUGCAAGUGCGUUAGUUCGUGUGCGAGGAAGUCGGUGUUCUGCUUGGAUGCUUUGAAGCAACUCCUUUUAGCCGAAGGUGACGGAGAUUUAGUAUUAGUACAAGACGGAAAUUCUAACCAGGUGAAGUCUGUAGUGGAGGCUAUCAAUCACGUAGUCCGGACGAGAAAAUCCCUUGAAAAUCGCGUCCAAGCAGCUGUCGAAAAACGUAAGCAAGUGUCAUUCGCGAAAAGUGUAUUGGUGAAGGAUUGCAAGCGCCCCGUCAAGGACUCUGAGUUCCAGGCGAGAAAUGUGAUCGAAUUCGCGGAAAAUCAAUCAUGCAAUGUCCAAAAUUCCCAUAAAUCUGCUGCUAAUGAGCAGUGCGUGAAUGGUGUUGAGCACCAGACGGUCAAGCGAAGUGGUCAGGCAGAAAAUAAUUUAUGUGCGGAUAAUUUACCAGUUAAUUUCAAUGAAUGGGAAGGAGAACGUUUAGGUCCGUUUUCCCCUUAUCCUUUUCUUUCUGAGGAUUUUUCGGAAAAAUCAUUUGAUGAGACAACGAAAGUCCCUUUCGAACUUCCACAACUAUUCUCCUCUGAAGGCUCUGUGAGCCAGGUAACUAAUAGUGUCUACGAGUCCCAACCAACCCCAAUACCAAAAGGCCAAAGUGUAGGCGUAACGGUCACAAGCAACGAGAACAUCAAUGGUGAAUCGUCAUUCGUCGCGAGUAAUCGGUUAAAGCGGCUCGAAGAGCAUUUUAAAGGGUUUGUCUUCACAAAAAAACUUCUCAAAGAUGAAUCCUUGGUGGCUGUGACAGACAGUGAUUGUUCUAAUAAUAGCCUCAACCAUUGUGACCUCGGCGAGCAGCAAAUAGCUGAAGCCACACUCACAGGAGCUUUUUGUGAGCUUGAUGCCCCCGAUAGCUCCCUACCCGAAAAAUUUCACGACAAAUCUACACCUCUCCACCCUGAAACUACCUUGGUUCCAAGGCUGUAUAACGAGUACACAUCCCUUCGCGAAGGAAAUGUCUCAUCUAUAAGUCUAUGUAACGAUACCAUCUGUAAGGAUAACAAAUCAGCAGGGCCUCAAGAGGAAAGCAUCUACCCUGAGAGUGUUCCAACAUCGAAACAAGACGCUCGUUGUUUACAAGUGCUAGGCAAGCGCCAAACACCAACAUCAAUACAUUCGUCCUUGUCGACAGCGACAGGACCUUCUACAUUUGUCAUCCGUACAGACUUACAGGGUUUGCGAAUCGAUCAAAAGCACAGCGAAUUUAUACAAAACAACAACAAACCUCCAGGACAAGUGCAUUCAAAUGUUUUUAUCGACAGUCUGGGAGAGAAGGAGGAGACAAAACAGGAGUCUGCUGAAAACUAUACCAAAAAGCCUCGAACAGAUAAUCAGCUGAAAGACAAACAACAGCCCUUAGACCAGAAAACUCAGGAAAUAAGUUCUGGGAAACUUAGAAUAGUUUCAGAGCAGAAAGCAGUCUACGACUCACAGGACUCCGCGACGACAUUAUUGCGGUGUGUAAAUAAACCAGCUGAAUGUCAGUCACACGACGCCAGCAACAACAAUAAUAACGAAGCAAGGAAUGACGAAGAAUGCACUCGAAGGCCUAACAGCUCUCCAGACAAAAGCGAGCGUUAUACACUAGAAACAGAGCCGCCCCCUUUGCCGCCUCGUCAACCACCCAGUGCUCGGCGAAGUGCUUCAGCGAGCAACGAUUCUAUCCCCUCGAAGCGUUUAUUCGGGCAAAACAAUGAUUACGAUUAUCCUUUGUCAGUGACAUCGUUGCGGAACGAUUCGCAGGUUCCGCGCAAACACGAAAAAGGCGACGUUUUAGACAACAAUAACAUUUCAUACUUGGAGUGUGCAUCGGGCUCGCAAAGCGGCGCUUCGAGUUUCUUCUCACUGCCGAUACUACCCCAGAGACUACCUCCUUUGCACGGUGAAGUGUCCUGUUGUGAGUUUGACGUUCGAUACUUUCACAACUUCCAGGAUUCCGACUUGACUUUCGAAUGUUACGAUGAAUUCGGUGUAGAGAACUGCUGUGAAAAUAACUAUUGUUACAUUGGAAAUGACGCAUUUGCGUCGCCGUGCUCCUCGUCUUCAUCAGGAUCAUCGUCCUCAACGUCUGGCGGACCUGCAACCUCUCACUGCAGAGUAAUUGAAACAGUGCCUUUGUUUCAGUAUCAAAAUCAUCAAACCCUUCAUCAAGAACCCACUCAUAGUAAUCUGCAUCACUAUCUCCACUAUUGCCACGUAGUGCCAGCGGACGAUAGCACAAUGCGUGAACUAAAUGGACCACUUCGAGGGCUCCUCAAGAAGCCAAAUCGUCCUCCGCCAGCCCGUAAGAAUCGCGUAGUUUUUGACGAAACCCGAAAUGAAUUUUUCGAGGCCGAUUAUAUAAUCCUGAUACGUGAGGAUUGCGCCUACGAUGACGAAGACGAGGAGCCUUGUACAUGCGGUGAACAUGAAUUGGUGCGACUUUGUUGCGAGGAAGGGUGCCAGUGCAAUUACAGCGAGGAUAAUGUCACGCCACAGAUAACAAGUUUGGAUGGCUAUAAGAGGAUUUCAAAAGCAGAUAACACUAAGAGUCCAAAAUACGCACCACCAAUCGAAUUCGUUGAUGAGGCUGCUCUAAGUCCUCCCGAUGGCUACAAGGAUAAUGGUCUCAAUGCUCUUUCUGGUGCACUUAGCGGUCAUGUUUUCGGUGCCCAGCAUAUUCAACAGCUACAGGUUAUUCAACGAUUGCAACAACAACGAGCUGCAAUGCUCGCUGCUCGGGCUUCCAAUCAACAGAGUCAGCCGAGUCAACAGAACCAGCAGCAACAAGCACAGGUAGCCACUUCACCUGCCGAGGAAGGUCCUAUUCCUGUUUGUACAGAAUGUGCUGAGUGUGUUGAGUGUGCUGCAAAGCAAUUACAAGAUGAAGAAUGUGUUGCUGUUCAGUGCCAGGAGGAUAUUGCUCAAUUAAGUGUGCCACAUGUAGCUUUAGUACCACUUCAUAAUAAUUCUCCAGAACGUCGGAUCACACAAAAGGAGAUAAUCGCUGGCGAGGAGAGGCCCAAAUAUGUGGCAGUUUCACAGCACAAGGACGCCGAAGAUGAGGGAAUGGAAAAAAUACUUUCUGUCCACAAGAAUCAAAGAUAUGUUGUUGAAACAAUAACAAUGACUACAGUAACAGAGAGACGAAUCGUGCGCGAGUCCACGGAGGAAACAACGAUUAAAAAUGUUGGAACGGCAGCGUCUUCGACACCAGCAACAGCGGACGUUACCCCUAACGAUCGGAAACCACCAAUACCAGCGAAACCUGAAAAUAUACCAGCUCAAAUCAGUGGCAUUCUCAAGGGCGGAAAGUUGUGGAAGAAUGAGAUGCAGGCUGAAGAAACCAUACAUCCAACCAGUGAUGAUGAUACCAACUCUAAACGGUCCGUUCGAUUCAUCACAGAAGGUGCUAAAGAGGGUUCAAAAGAAGGUUGUGAAGGUCAAAGUCAGACUGGCGAAAAGUCAGCUGAUGAAGAACCUAUAAGCGAGCUUAUUCCACUGAAGAAGCAUUCGACCCUCUUUCACAAUGUAUGGCGUCCAAAUUCCGCCGUACGGCAACUUUUCCCUGCUGGAAUUCAUUCAGGAGCACCGGCUACAGCCCUCACCCAUGAAGCCUUAAAAGCUUUCGAGGAGUCCAAGCGUGGAGGACUAGUGUCGAAUUUACUAACAGUGGGUGGAUCUGACACCGACACAAUUCGAAGGACAAUUGAAAGGAAUGCUCUACGUCGAUCCCUUAUCAAGAAAAAAUCUAUGAAACCGGAUAUAUCUUUGGAAGAACGUAUUAAGCAACUAACCUGCGAUAUUGAUGAUCCUACUGAAAACUCAUUAGACGAUCAAAAUUCCGCAAGCCUAAAUCCUUACUCAGGUGAAGAUUUAGAACGAAGGGACAGUCCUGCUGGCGAAGAGAAUCCUUCACAAGCCAAAUACAUUCCGGAUAAAAGUUUCUCACCAAGUUCGUCCGCUUCAAGCUCCUCGAGUGGUUCAACCUCAGCUUAUCGGAAAAUAUCAGAUAUUUUCAAUCGUGAUCGGAGACAGGAGAAGAUUCCUGAAGCAGAAGAGAACCCUAUUGUGAUUAUACCCCAGCAGUCUACCUUGUUUCAGGAGUGUCGAUGCCCUGCCGCUCCAGAUCUUGGUAUGGGCGUUCAGGUUCCUGCAGCUCAUACACAAAUUCAUCAAACGCCCCCGCGACAAACUGAACCUCGACGACAAUUUUUGUCGACACUGGCUCCUCUUACGGCAUGCGUGGCAGGCCAAAAGGAUGACUUCUCAUAUUAUACUCUAGCAGCAGCUGACCGGAAUUCAACGGCAAGUGCUCAGUGCUCUGACUACAGUUUAGGCGAUAUUGAAGCAGCGCUUGCCAAAGACGAGUCACGAAAAGUAGCACCAGACGUUAUUGCGGGAACACCGGGCCAAGAACAGGACGAACUGGUUAUCUUUGCGCAACAAGAAGCGAAUCGGACGGAUAAAAUCAAGAAACGAUAUAGUAACGAACACCAGAAUCAAGCACCUGCUUCAAAUGCGAGUUCCGAUGAUGACGAGCAGAAUGACUAUGGAUUCAACAAAAGACCAACCGUGCGUGGUAUUAAGGCGAAGUUCGAAGCUACUAACGAAAUUAUUCAAGAAAUGCAGGCGCAACUUUCUCAAACAAUGAAUACGCAGCAGCAAAACACUGGAAAACCAUUCAAUGCACUGAAACAAACAAAUAGCAUCGGAUCAACCAGCAGUAAACCUCAGCCACAAGUGCAGCCGCCUAAUAACAACGUACCACAGAAUCCAGCCGAAAGACCUGCUUGGGGCUACUACACCGAAGACCAAAGAGCAGACCUGAUUCAGCAUCCCAACUAUUACCAAGCUUUGCCUGCUCACUUUAAACAAACAUUUCAUAGCCACGAAGAAUCUCUCAUGUAUCAAAAUUGUCAGAGCGUCUCCAUGGAGCAGCAUUAUGGAAGAUUUGCUGCUCGAAGUCCUUCCCGACGUCCCGAAUCUCCACCACCGCUAAGGAACUAUCACCAAACUAUGGUAUUGAUCCCAUAUAAUACACAAUCGUAUGCUCAAUUUAGCACAUCGAAUGAUCAGCAAAGUAGUGCCCAUCAGUUUAGGCGGCAGAAUGUUUUAGAGUAUCAGCAGGUGACACAGCAAACCAUUCGAGUUCCCAUCGGAUAUACCAUUCCCGGCAUGCAGCUCCAUUUAGUUGCUGGUCGGGGUACGCACCAACACCAACAGCAGCAACAAGUGCAAUUCUCGCAAAAUCCAAGACUGGUUGCACCCCGAACUUUCAACAUUCCGCAGCAACCUCACGAUGUCAACAACAUGAAAUUCGCAGAACGGGGCGUCCCAGAGGGAUCCGCCUCAAUAUCACAUUCAGACUGUAAAAACGUAAUGUCGCCAACUUCUACGCAGGGCGGUCAAAAUCAGUGCAAUCAAACUUCCCAAGUAUCUCCAGCAGUUCCAGGUGCUGUUUUCUAUGCUAUGAACGUAUGACCCGGCGACUAAGUCAACGUGGAGGUUAUCCUUCCCGAAAAUCAGAGCACUUUCGGCUCCGAAACAGGCAGCAGUUUGUACAUAUGAAGUAGGCUUGAUAACAAACCCAACAAUUUCUACUUUCCCCAUGGCUAUCAUGCGUAUCUUACAACUAAAACAUAAAUACUGAAUACGAGUGAGAUAAGAUAUUGAGCACCUAAUUUCUAAGUCGAAGAUCAUCUACUUCAGCUACGAUGUGUCCCCGUACUUACCGUGUAAAAAAUACUUAAAAGUAAGAGUAGUAAAAAGAUUUACAACAGCAAAGGCGUAUUGGAGGGGGUGUGAAGCACAAUGUCUACUUUUAAGCUCAAGAACGAACUCUAAGUAAUCGAACAUUAUUACGUAAUAUCUCAUUUUUUUCAACACUAGGACAUAUAAAACAUUACUGUAUAUUAUAAGACUAGCGCGAAUCGUUCAACGACAAAAGAUACUCCAUAGGAAGAUUUGAUUUAAAGCAAGAAAUUGUGCCAAAUAGCGAACAUUAAACAAUAUUUACGCAUUAUGUAAAAUGACACGCGUACACACCAAAGAAUUAGGUUUUAAUCAAUGUAGCCAUGUAAAAAAAAAAACAAAUUUGAUAAUUAAAUGAUAGAACGUUAUCAUAAGUUGGCUAGAAACAAAGGUGAGGAGCACAGAUUUUGGAAUUCAAUGGUGAUCUCAGUAGGCAAUUGUGCGAUAUAUUCAGUGUACGCACGACUAGUACUAUGCAAAUUCUUUCAACAAAUUUACAGGAAAAGAUACAACGCAAACACCCACACUUAGUAUUAUGCUAAGCAAACAUUUGUGUCCUGGAAUAGGCGGUAUCUAUCAAAUGAUUGAGAAUGUGUUCGCAAACUAAACUGCAAAAGUUAGUUAUUAUUAGAAAAUAUUAUCGAAAUUCUUUAAUUAAUUAAUAUUUUGUUUUUAUAAUUAUCCUUGUCUUCCAAAACAUUUUUCGAGCUUUCCUGAAAUUAUCAUUAUUAUUGUUGCGUUUAGUUAACUGUGGGCUCUAUACUUUCCACCUGAAAAUUAGUCAAGCAUAUUUUAAAAUGCAACACUGAAUAUUCCGUACAGUUCCGCAACAAGAAAACUCACACAAUUGUACCAUAAAAAGACAUAAAAACUAUUAGAAAUAAAUAAGAACAAAGCAAAGGCGAGAAUUAAAAAUUUGAAAAAUUUAUCUAUUUCCCUAUUUGAAAAAUCUUUCGAGAGGAAAGAAAGAAACAUAGUUAUAUAGUUCUUGGAACAAAGACGAGUAUUUAAAAUAUUUAUGAAAAAUGAUAAAACAUAUUCUGUAACAAUAUUUUAGACUAUUCAGAAAGACAUUUAUUGAAUUGAACAUGAAGAGAGUGUGGGAAAUUGGCGAGGCUCAUAAUGCCAACUAGAGAGAUUAAACAUUAUCUAAGUUUUUUAAUUGAAUCACGAAAGAAUAUAUCAAACUUAUUAUAAUUAACUCAUAUGUAUUUCGCAUAGUAACGAAUUUAUUAUUUAUUGGUACAAGAGGAGCGUCGUUAACGCAAACAGUUUUAAAAACAGGAUAUCAAAGAUACAACGGAUUUAAGUUCAAAUUUGAAGCGGCUAUAAAAGGAUUUUGGUGCAAUCUUGCAGCCGAAGGUGAUGUGUUUCGUCGUUAGUGAAAGGCAGUUGAAAUUAGUUGAAUUAGGUAAUAAUCUGUCAAUUAAAUUAGUGAAAAUUUAGAUAAUUUUAGAGAAUAGUUUUUGCUCACAAUUUUAGGAAACUAUUAUAUGCAAUAUCAUAAACUUUUUCAUUUGUUAUAUAAGUUAGAGGCGAGAUUUUGAAAAAAAGAACUCCUUGUGUCCGUUGAAGGCUAGGUUUCACAUUAACGGAGUAGAUAGAUGCUUGUGUACCAGGGCAUGCACAGAAGUUGAAAUCUAUCUUUAAAAAGCUAAAAUCUUUUCUAUUUAAAGCUCAAAGAAUCCUAAAAAUUGAGUUGUUAUUUCCAAUUGCUAUCAACAAUGAGUUGGAAAAUGAAAUAAUGGAUAUUAGGUUUUUGCCUUGUUUUUCUGUUUUAUCGGGAAAUUUCGGGGUAAUAGAUUUAGGAAGGAAAGAACUUCUAAUUUUAGUUUUACAUUCUAUAACUUUUUAACUUUUAUGGCGACGAACAAAACCUUAUGAAAUUCGGUUUACUGUCUGCCUGGUCGUCCAUCUGUUUGUCUAUCAUGCGCACUCUUCCCAUAAACGGUUAUAUCAAUUAGUAGGAAAUUCGGUGAAAGACGGGAACUGUGAUUGCCCAGGCAUACAGUAAGUAACAUCGUUAUAGAUUCAGUUUAGGCGGGGGAGGGGGUGUCGUUACAUGCAAAAGGGUAGUGGACCUUUCUUGAAAGGUUGAGAUUAGUUUUUUCCCGAGCAGGUACUAUUCGAUUUAAUGUUAGUCUGUCUUAUUUUUUCUGAGAUGGAAACUUCAAAAGACAUUGAACAUUGCUCUGGCUUUUCUCUACGCCCAUCAAUUGCAUUCACAAAUGCGUCUUUUCCAUCUGUUGUGCCUCUUUCAAUCUGCACUGAAUCUGCCACAUCAUGUGGCUCUCCCGAUAGGCAAGCAUUUCCGUAAUUAAAGUUGAACAAGUUCCGGCCCUAUUGUCCUUCCCAAUGCCUCGUAUUCUAUUCUAUCUUCCUUUCCUCUGCAAAUCUAGAACAAUGGAGGAAGACAUACUCUAAUUCUGAAAACUGUCCCAGCUAGACAGUUAGGUGAACUGUCUAGAUUAAACAAAAACAAGCAGCCCAAUUAGCACUAUGGUGCGCUGGAGCAAGGGAAGCAGAGUCCAGCCCAAGAAAACUCCCGCACCGUCUCCACAGACGAUCUUUGAUUCGUCGGUAAAAAAUAUUGUGUCAUAACUCUGCAACACAUCGCCACAUGUUGCUAUAGGGGCGAGGUCAUGUAUUUUUGCUUUCUAACAGCCGGACUCGUAUUCUGACAGUACUAUAUACUGCAGAACCCAGUAGCACCUGCACACGCGGCCCUUUGAAUACAAUUAAGAUCGAUUCUAUUGUACUUUUGCUCAGCACUUGCCACCAAAUAAAAGAACAUUACGUUAGGAUGGACCGAAACACCCCAUUUCUUUGCAAAGAUCCUCUUGCAAUUGUAGAUGUCUAUACAAACCUUCUUAAUCCUCAGGUCCAUCUUCAAUCUCCAAUUUAACUUCCAGGAUUGCUACCCAUGUACUUAACAUUGAUGGAAAUAACCAGUCUUUAUUCAUUUAGCCGCGAUAUGUAGAGUUCUAGUAACCUUGUAUUGAUGGUGAGUGGCAUUAGCUCCGUUUUGAAUGGAGUUAUGCCGAGUUUGCAUCUUGGAGCCCACAGCACAGCUUUCUCGACGCUAUUUCCAUGAUUUCACUCAUAAAGGAGGGAAACAACCCUUACAUUAAUGUCACCAAGUUGUCGACAUAUGCCAAAACCUUCACUAAUAGAAUCUUGUCUAUCGCUAUCAACCAGACCACCGGAGAGAUGGCACCACCCUAGGACAUACCUUUCCUCACAACUCUGUUGUGGUGGCUACCUCCCAGAUAAGACUCGAUUACCCUAAUUCUUAGCAUGGAUAUUGUCCAAUGCGUAGGAUACCGCCCCCCCCCCCACUCUUAUCCUGUUUCUGCUGUAACAUGACUGGCAUUAUGCUCUCUGUUUACAGCACGGUAACUGCCGAUUUAAUAGUCUCACACGACUGGGGCUGCAUACCCUCGAAGCAAGGGUCUGGACGUACAGUCCUUCUCGUUGGCAAGGAAGAACUACUGAAUCAGCAGCUUCAGCGUUUCACCAGAAGACUCUGUACAGGUGCCUUCCACUUUAAGAACUAUCUGCCUUGGCCAGGAUAUUACUGAGUCUCGCAGAAUCGCUGUUGCUUUCAAUUUUCCGACAAUUGUCCAACCAGGCAGUCUUAUAUUUAUGCCUGUAACAGAUGCUGAAAACAUCUCUGGUCAUUUUCCUGAGGUUGGACAGAUCUGCAUUCCACCGUACAGGACUUCUUAUUGUAUUUACCAGGGCACGAGCCUUUAAAGACUGCUUCGAAUUGUUCUUCCAAAGCCCCGACCUUUGACUAUAUUUCGUUUGUCGUGCCAAUGUCAAGAAUUUGUGCGCCUUAGACUUUGUUUUUAAUAACUACACCAAACUUCCUCUAGUCCAACUGAGUCUCUAAAAGGUUUGCUGACCACUACAGCGUGAUCAAGACCCAAAAAUAUCCAACUGUGACCUAGGAAGGACUUCUGGCCAGACACUCGUCAGCUCUCCACCGUAAAAAUCCCAUUGUCGGUUAGUAGGGUGAUAUCAAGGAUCUCCUCCCUCCUUCACAGUUCGCCGAGCUGGAGAAGUGGAAAGUUGGUAUACUGGCCCUCUUACACUCUGAAACAGUUCUGUUUUUAAUAAAAUCAGGGAGCCAGUUAUUUUUUUUCGUUUAUUUCCGAGAUACCUUGCAUUGGCAUUGCAGCUUAUCAACAGGUUGGUCUUCUUUACUGGAAUGGUGGACUUCAAACGCUGUAGUUCUUCGGUGUAGCUGAUCGUUCAAAAACCAUGUAAACCGAGGGGAUACAAACGUUUACUGCUCCCGCCUCCUCCAGUUUGAUCACGAUUAGGUCGCUGGAACUCAGGCCUCGAGACAGAAAAACGUACAGGCUCUUCCUGGCAAUGCUUCCUGCUCUACGUCUGUCUCGACCCUCGACCCUCUUUUGCGCUGUGGGAUAAAUUAUAAUAUUUGCUUUGUGGCCCUUUGAUCAUUCCUGCGAUCCAGGCCUCCUAUAUAACUGCGACGACGAUGUCCUCCUCUAGGAGGAAUACCAGCAAAUUGACGGAGACGCGCUUUGAUUGCAGCAGAUUUAUCUGGACUACCCUCAGCAUGAUUUGCUUGCGUAGGGAGUUUCUCCAGCCCCUGUUGAAGUGUUCAGAUGAAUACAACUACACAUCCACGAGAAGUUUUGCAACCACAAUCACCACUAUAUCAUGGGCGUAAUCCAUAUAAGGUUCCAAUUGGCCAAACUAAAGUUGGUUCACCUGGAGGCUUACCAGCUUUGGCAACCACAACAGCCUUUGGCGUUUCCAUAAGUCAAUAAAGAUUCCAAACAACAAAAAUAUUUCAAACAACUCCACAAAUAUGCCCACCCUCGACCCGAAUAGCCAACUUAAGACCGUUUUUUGGUACACCGUGAAAGUCCGAUGCUUUUUUGCCUCCCAGCCUACUGCCAGCCUCCAGUACCAUCCACAUCUAAAAGUCCCUGGAGACUGCUGUCUCGGCUACCCUCGUGAGGAAAUAAAUGCCUGACCUUUGAAUCUUUGAAGGUAUUUACUUCAUUGUAUAGCUAGCUUGAGGCUUCUUCAAGCUUCCUUGUAGAUGGGCGGCUUCACCUCCUGGUGACUCCAAUCCAUUGCUCUCUGGCCACUCAUCUGUCCCAAUAACCCGCCGACUAAGGAUCACCUUCCACUUUGGGAAGUAUAAUUGUUUGGUACGCUCUCUGCCAGAAUGUGUUUGUAUAGUGUCACCUGUUUUCACAAACCAGUCUGACGUUCUCCUUCUAGGAUGUGCAGGUCUACAACCACUUGGUUUGUUCUUCAAGUCGAGGACAACGCCUGAUGAUCACCUUGGGUGUAGUGGUUACUGGCGUUCCAGAACAUUUUGCAGGCUAGUGAAGGACCAGCAAAAGCAGGCCCCCAACAGAACUGAACCCUACUUCCCGUAGGUAUAAAGCUAAUACGACGUCCAAAAUACCACGCACUCUUGCAUUUAUUAGUGAACUAACUAAUUAACGAGCGCAAUGCUGAUCACAUUGCCUCCUAUUGUACUGUUACGGUCUUGAAUGAAGUGCUCUAACACACUUCAAGGCCCUGAUCCAAUAUGGAUUGUUGCGCCAACGAUUAUUAUAUUAUUAUUAUUAUAACUAAUUAACUAACUAACGGAAAUGACUUUUAUUCUCCGUCCUUUUGUAUCCAAGGCGCAUCUGUCCAACAUUUCCUCGAAGUGAACCAACCUCAAGCUUAGAGGAGCAUAGCAACUACACACGUAUUGCCGUCUAUUCUUGCCCGCCCAGCUGCCUUCUAUAUUCUUGUAUGGUUUGCUCACCACCCCCCCUGGUAAAUUAGCUACCUAUAAUCUUGUCGGACCUUUUCAAUUCCAGCAUGAGAUACCCUUUUAGUUACUUCGUAUAUUGCUGACAUUUCCAAUUUUCACCUCUCAGUAUAUCUGCUUAGGACAUACUACCAACGCUAAAAAUUAUGAUCACCUCGGGGCGGAGUCUCAUUUCCUUCUGCUUCUUUUAAGUUUUUCUUGAUUGAACCUUAGGGCAUCCGUGAUGUACUCUUUGGUUAAACACCGGCCCUUGUUACCGCUACCAGUUUGUGUACUACUUUCCUAUUUAUCAAGAUCUUAGCCCCCUUCUUAAAGUGUGCGACACGCCGUUUUGUUUUUCAGGAACCUGUUAAUUUCCUGAGUAUUCCUCCUCCUUUUCCUAAGCCCUCCACCCAUUUGCGAAUAUACUGAUGGCUCUCACCAUAAUCCUUAUUGAUUGUUGCACAUUGUACAAUUAUGAUUCAAAGCAAAAUGAACGAUGACUCUCCUAGAUUAGAAUUCUGCUCAACUUCUUUUUUCUACGCAAGAGUGACCUCCACACCUGUUUCCGCACAUUUGGAAAUGUUAAAUGAGCCCCUUUGGCUCAAGUCUCUUAUCGCUCUUGAUAUUGCAGGAGAUCUUAUACUCGUUCAGUUUUUCCUGAACGGUUCAGCCCCUGGAUCGUGAGAAACCUCCUGUGACCCAUUGCGGCCGGAGAAUGUUUAUGUCAAUCUGUUAGUGGCGUCCCCAUGUUAUCCACCACACUCAUGUGUAUUAAAAUGCCCUAGUUUCUUUUGAAAAGACUUAAGAUCCUGUGAGGAAUUAUAGUCCUGUUUCAGCCAAUAUGUGUUAAAAGGGCAACGCAGAAAAGAGUUAGUGAUAACCAUGAUUUAAUUAUUCACGAAAUAAAUUUGGUAAAAUUUGAUUGUGUUGGGUUUUAGAUUGCAAUAUAUUGGUCGUGAUCUUUUUAUAGAAAUAAUUAUGUGAAUGUUUGUACAAUUGUUCAUUUAGUUUGUUUAUUUUCACGUUAUUUUAGUCAAAGUUGAUUUUUGGCAUAUUAAGAGGAAGACAGGGUACAUCUCCGAGGCUGUUCAUCACUUAUAGGCUGCAAGAUUAUACAAAAUUCGGAAGGAUGCACGGAUGUAUGCAUUUCGCCGGCAUCUAUCAUUGCAACAUAAUAGAAUCGAAUAACUUUUAAGUGUUAUUUAUAUUUUAUUUAAAAUACUGAUUGAAAAUCGAUAUGGAAACAAUACAUAUUGCAUACAUCAAGUGAAACAGUUCUUAUUCAAGUUAUUGUUGAAGUUUUUGGUUUUACGAGGUAACCCCCUUUCUCAGUAUAUGAAAUAUACUCAAAUAAAACGACGAAAAAAUCGAUCUCUUUAAGAGAGGCCUAAAACUGAAGGAAAUAAUCAAUUUACCAAUUCUCAAAUAUAUAGAAAUUAAAUUUAAAAGAAAGACAGUCUCAAAAACAUGUUAAUAAUUAUUAACUUGUAGAAAGAAAUAAUAUUUAUGUUAUGUGUUUGUAUCUAAAAGGAGAAAAAAUAAAAAUUAAAACGUA